AGUCCCGUGCUGGCCGGUUGUACCCGGCCCGCGGUCCGCACAGAUGGCAGCGCUGGCGGCGGUGGCCAAGAAGGUGUGGAGUGUGCGGCGGCUGCUGGUGCUGCUGCUCACACCACUCGUGCUGCUGCCUGUGGUCUUCUCCCUCCCACCAAAGGAAGGCCAUUGCCUCUUCGUUGUCCUGCUCAUGGCGGUGUACUGGUGCACGGAGGCCCUACCCCUCUCCGUGACGGCUCUACUACCCAUCAUCCUUUUCCCUUUAUUGGGUGUCAUGCCCUCCAAGAAGGUCUGCCCACAGUACUUCCUGGACACCAACUUCCUCUUCCUCAGUGGUCUGAUCAUGGCCUGUGGCAUCGAAGAGUGGAACCUUCACCGUAGAAUCGCCCUCAGAAUUCUGAUACUCACUGGGGUCCAGCCAGCCAGGCUCAUUCUGGGCAUGAUGCUGACAACUGCCUUCCUGUCCAUGUGGCUGAGCAACACUGCCACCACCGCCAUGAUGCUUCCCAUUGCCAGUGCCAUCCUGAAGAGUCUCUUUGGUCAGAAGGAGGAAUGGAAGGACCCCAGCAGAGAGAGUGGAGAGAACUCAGUUGCUAUGGGAAGAAAUACCCUGCACACUGUGUCCACAGAGAUGCAGUUCCUUGCCAACACUGACAGCAAAGACUACCCUGAGGAGGUGGAAGCACCGCUGGACCUUCCAGCUGACUCUGAGGAGGAGGAAUAUCGCAGGAACAUCUGGAAGGGCUUUCUUAUCUCUAUCCCCUACUCAGCUAGCAUCGGAGGCACUGCCACCCUUACCGGCACAGGUCCCAACCUUAUCCUUCUAGGUCAGCUCAAGAGCUUCUUCCCCAAAUGUGAAAUGAUAAAUUUUGGAUCCUGGUUCAUAUUUGCCUUCCCUCUCAUGCUGCUGUACUUGUUAUUGGCCUGGCUCUGGAUCUCCUUCCUGUAUGGAGGAAUAAAUCUGAGAGGCUGGAGGAAGAAGAAAUCUAAGACCAGAUUGGAUGCAGAAAGUAGGGCUCAAGCCAUGAUUCAGGAAGAAUUCCAGAACCUAGGCCCCAUCAAGUUUGCUGAACAAGCCAUUUUCAUCCUUUUCUGCAUUUUCGCCAUUCUGCUCUUAUUCCGGGACCCGAAGUUCAUCCCUGGCUGGGCCAGCUUCUUCACCCCAGGGUUUCUUUCUGAUGCUGUUGCUGGAGUGGCCAUUGUCACCAUCUUGUUCUUCUUCCCAUCAAAAAGGCCCUCUCUCAAGUGGUGGUUUGACUUUCAAGAUCCCAACAAGGCAUCAGAGCCCUUGCUGACAUGGAAGAAAGCCCAGGACUCAGUGCCCUGGAACAUUGUCCUUCUCCUGGGAGGAGGCUUCGCCAUGGCCAAAGGUUGUGAGGAGUCAGGGUUGUCCACAUGGAUGGGAGGACACCUUCAUCCCCUGAAGAACAUGUCACCUGAACUGACUGUGCUGCUCAUUACUGUGUUUAUCGCUUUCUUCACGGAGUUUGCAAGCAAUACUGCCACUACCACCAUCUUCUUGCCCGUCCUGGCAGAGCUGGCCAUCAGCCUGAGAGUGAACCCUCUGUAUUUGAUGAUUCCUGGUGCAGUCAGCAGCUCCUAUGCCUUUAUGCUCCCUGUCUCGACACCCCCCAACUCAAUUGCCUUCGCCUCUGGACACUUGCUGGUAAAAGAUAUGGUCCGGACAGGCUUCGUAAUGAACUUGAUGGGUGUCCUGCUCCUCAGCUUGGCUUUAAAUACCUGGGCACAGACCAUCUUCCAAUUGAGCACCUUCCCAGACUGGGCCAACAUUCACUCAGCCAAUGUCACAGCACUGACAUCCAUCAUUGCCAAUGAUACAUUUUGGACCCUCUGAGUUCUCCCUAGGGGGUACUCUUUACUGUCAUCUCCGAGGACCCUCCAGAGUAAUCCAAUCAUUCUUGUCUAUAAUCCAAUAUGAAGCAAGCAAGAGUGACCUCCAAUGGUCCACUUGGGUUCACGUGCUAAUUAUUUAGGACCUUUCCCCCUUCUCUCUUAUGCAUUCCAGGGUCCAGAUGUCUCCCAGCACUGCAGCCUGAGAGACAAACUCCUUUAUCUCUAAGUUGUUCUAUGGUUAGGAUGCAAGAGUGUCCAAUAAAGCAACAAUAAACAAGUGUAGAAUG